AUGGUAAAAUCAAUUGUUAGAGGAAAAAGAGUUAUUUUCAAUGGUAGUGUUAAGGAAGCAACUAUUGUUGUUGAUGACGGUGUAGUUGUUGAUAUUCUACCUUAUGAACAUGGAUUGCCAGCUGGAUCUUACAAGACGUUGGUCGAUGCUCCAGAUAAUCAAGUGGUGAUGGGUGGACUUGUAGAUAGCCACGUUCAUGUCAAUGAACCGGGUAGAACGGAAUGGGAGGGUUUUGUCACUGCCACUUCGGCUGCUGCUGCCGGUGGUGUCACAACCAUUGUCGACAUGCCACUGAAUAGCGAUCCCGUGACAACAUCGUUCGCCGCCCUCCAAUCAAAGAUCUCGUCGAUGAGCGGAAAAUGUUUUGUCGAUGUUGGACUGCUCGGUGGAAUCAUCCCAAACAACGAAGAUCAAAUAAAGAGAAUGAUUUUGGAGGGUGGAGUCGUUGGAUUCAAGUGUUUCCUCGUGCAUUCCGGUAUCGAUGAUUUCCCUGCGGUCGAACGUGAACAUGUUGAUCGUGCAAUGAAAGUGAUGGCCGAGUUGAAGCACGUUGGAAAGGAUGUGGUUGUUAUGUUCCACGCUGAAGUGCCGGGUCCGAUUGACGACGCCAUUGCCAAGCUCGAAGACGACUGCGACACCGGUGACUAUCACACUUUCCUGAGUAGUCGUCCCAAGGCAUCGGAGAACGAAGCAAUCGACAUGGUGAUCUCACUCACCAGAGAAAACAAUGUGCGCACUCACAUCGUCCAUUUGUCAUCGGCAGAAGCACUGCCAAUGAUUCGCGCUGCCCACACUGACAACAUUCCAAUUUCGGCGGAAACCACUUUCCACUAUCUCUAUUUCGAAGCGGAAAAGGUUCCUCACGGAAAUACUCUCUAUAAAUGUUGUCCACCCAUCAGAGAAUCGUUGAAUAGAGAUGCACUAUGGCAAGCUGUAUCGGAUCGUACUGUCUCCAUGAUUAUCUCUGACCAUUCGCCAUGCACAGUAAAUCUAAAGUUGUUGGAGGAUGGUGAUUUCAUGAAGGCAUGGGGUGGAAUUUCAUCGUUGCAACUCGGAUUGAGCAUCAUUUGGACUGAAGCGAAACGACGUGGAAUUCUCUCGCUUACCGACCUGCCAGAACUGAUGUCCGAUGCUCCAGCGAAACUAGUGAAUUUGAACGAUAGAAAAGGAUCGAUUGCCGUUGGAAGAGAUGCAGAUUUCUUAGUUUGGGAUCCAGAAGCAUCGUUUACAGUGGAUCAAGAGAAGAUGUACGUUAGAAACAGAGCGUCGCCAUACCAUGGACAAACUCUCUACGGUGUCGUCGAACAGACUAUCUUGAGAGGCAGAGAAAUCUACUCAAAGCGCAACGGACACAUCGAAAUUUUCACAGGUGAGCGUCUCACCCCAACCAACAUCCAAUCUUCGAGCAGCGGAUAUGCCGAUAUCCGUCUGCCACCGAUUGCCAGAUUGAACAGCCAGCUUAGCGACACCGACUUUUUGAGUGUUGUCAAUAUGCUGUUGGAAGUGGCACCACCAUUAGCCAGUGGACUACUUGCAGCCAGACCAUACUCUAGCUACGAUCAGCUCAUCGAAACAGUGGUCGCUAUCAUCGAACAAUGUACAACAGAACAAAAGGUAGAGAUUAUCAAUUCACAUCCAAAGAUCGGUGCAAAUCCAUCAAAGAUUUCAACACUCUCUUACUAUGAGCAAGGAUAUCACAGAGAAUCACAUCCAGACAAAGAUCCAGAGCAACAGAGAAUCUUGGAAGCACUGAACUCACUCAACAACGAAUAUCAACAGAAAUAUGGAUUUUCAUUUAUCGUUUUUGUAAAUGGCCGAACAAAAGCUGAAAUCAUUCCAAUUAUUCAGCAACGUCUACAUCAUUCCACCAAAGAACAAGAGUUGGCAACUGGUUUAUCUGAAUAUAUUGAAAUUGCAAAAUCAAGAUUAAAUAAACUUUUAUAA